GGGUUGUCAGAAGACUUGCAAGGUGGAGAAACUCCUGAAACAGUCUCACAGGGAAGUGUGCAGCCAGAGACAAAGGUUAACCACAGUAAAGAAGAACAGCCGGAUGAGAGGAACAGAUAAGCUGAGAAAUGAUGUUUUGCCCCUCCAGCACCCAGGUGUGCAGCGUUUGGACAGUUUUCAUCUUCUAGGGGACAACGGCGCACCUCUGAGACUCAGCCCCAACACCCUGAGCCAAGAAAGGGUAAAGCAGAAGUUACUGGAGACUGAGAUCAGCUCCAAAAGGAAGGAGUGUGAAGCACUUGAGGCAGAGGUGAAGAAAAAGAAUCAAACAUGUCAGACUUUGGAGAAUGAGCUUCAAGAUUUCCUCCAGGAGAACAAGCACUUGAACCUCCAGCUGUUCAACAAUAGCCAUAAAACAUUUGACAAUGAGAAGGUGAAGUCUGAGUAUGCCCAGCUCAAAGAGACCCUUGGUGCUGUGACGCAGGAGAGAGAUUUAGCCCUGUGGGAGAGGAACCAGCUCCAAGACAAACUGGAGAAUCUAGAGCAGGUGCUCAAGCAUAUGCGCGAGGCUGCGGAGCGGAGGCAGCAGCUAGAGUUGGAGCAUGAACAGGCCUUGGCUGUACUCAAUGCAAAGCAGCAGGAGAUUGACCUUCUUCAGAAGGCUCAGGUUGAGGCUAAAAAGGAACAUGAAGGCGCUGUCCAUCUGUUAGAGAACCACUUGGACAGCAUGCAGGCCAAAGUUCGUGAGCUGGAGGAAAAAUGUCGGACUCAGAGUGAGCAGUUCAACCUCCUGUCAAAAGAGCUGGAGAAGUUCCGGCUCCAGGCUGGGAAGUUUGAUAUUCUCAGCACUGAACCCUUAACUUUAUGUGAAUCUCCUGGGUCGCCAAACAAAUCUCUGUCACAGCUCCUUAAUGGACUUGCUGCCCCCAUGGGAAAAGGCAAUGAGGGUCCAACAAGCAGAUCUUUGAUAUCAGAGUUCAUCCGACCACUCCAGAUCAGUGGAGACAAGCCCGAGCUCCUCUCUGUCAAGCCAACAUUCCUCACUCGCAGUCGAGCCCGCAGCCCAGCACGGGCUUUCCUCUCUGAGAUGGACAAAGAGCUCAGCUCAACUACCAGGUCUAAACCCAGGUUCACGGGGAAGGUUCGUCUAUGUAUUGCCCGGUACAGUUACAAUCCUUAUGACGGACCUAAUGAGCAUCCUGAGGCAGAGCUUCCACUGGUGGCCGGGAAGUACCUCUACGUUUACGGGACAAUGGAUGAGGAUGGCUUUUACGAAGGAGAGCUGCUGGAUGGACAGCGGGGACUCGUCCCAUCCAAUUUUGUGGAUUUUGUCCAAGAUGAGGAGACAUCCUCCGUCCAACACAGGGACAAAGUAACGAAAGAACCUGGCUACCUCAACCACAGUAGCCUGGGGCUGCAGAGAUUGGGGGUCGGCACAGGAACGGGAACAGGCAUAAGCAGUCGGCUGUCUGACAGUAAACUAGACUGUCUAAGGACCAGCAGCUUGGGCAUGGACCUCCUUGGUUCCUCCAGCAAUGGGACAGGAACCUUGGAUGUCAGCAUUGACGAGGUUGGUGAAGACAUUGUGCCUUAUCCCCGCCGCAUCAACCUGAUCAAACAACUAGCCAAGAGUGUGAUUAUUGGCUGGGAUCCUCCUGUGGUCCCACCAGGCUGGGGCUCCAUCAGUGGCUACAAUGUCUUGGUGGAUAAGGAGGUCCGCAUGAGUGUCCCCUACGGGGGCAGGACAAAGUCUCUUAUUGAAAAGCUAAAUCUGGUCACCAACACCUACCGUAUCUCAGUGCAGAGCAUUACUGACCGUGGCCCGUCGGACGAGCUCCGGUGCACUAUGCUCGUGGGAAAGGAUGUUGUGGUGGCACCUUACUACCUGCGGGUGGACAGCAUCACGCAGAUCUCUGCUGAGCUCUCUUGGAUGCCCAGCAACAGCAACUACAGUCAUAUCAUCUUCCUCAACGGUGCAGAGUACGACAUGGUCAAGGCGGGGGGCUAUAAGUACAAGUUCUUCAACCUGAAGCCCAUGACCGUUUACAAGGUAAAGAUUGUGGCGCAGCCACAUCAGGUGCCUUGGCAGCUUCCGAUGGAUCAAAGGGAAAAGAGGGAAAUCUCUGUGGAGUUCUGCACUCAGCCUGCAGGGCCCCCUCUUCCUCCACAGGAAGUGCAGGUCCAGUGUGGUCAGACGCCCGGGAUCCUGCAGGUCAGAUGGAAGCCUCCGCCUCUGUCGUCUUCAGGAACCUCCAACGGUGCCAGUGUGAUUGGCUAUGCCGUGUGCACAAAGGGACAAAAGAUAGCAGAGGUCUUAUACCCCACAGCAGACUAUGUGACCGUGGAGUUAAACAGGAUUCAGUGCCUGGAGGCCAGGGAAGUCAUUGUAAGGACGUUAUCAACACAAGGAGAGUCCCAGGACUCGCCCGUGGCCAUCAUCCCGCACAAUCUCUUGGGGUCUCCACGCCUCUCCCACCGAACCACUGCACCUCCCCACCCCAUCCCCCACCCGCAGUCCCAUCCGGCACACUCACAAACUCAUCCUCCUUACCCAUCAACCUACCCCCCGAAUCACCCUCAGCCCCAGGUGCAGCCUCUGCCUCGAGUCCAGCCCCACACGCUGCCCCACGCACAACCGCACUCACAGCCCAUCCACCACUCCCCUCCUCAUCCUCAGGCUCAUUUCCAGCGCCACCCCAUGCCCAAGUCCAAACCGUUAGUAAGUGCCAGAGAGCCAGAAACCAAAGAGCAUGCGGCGGGCCUGCAGUCAGCCCAGCCCUGGGAGCGGUCUCCCUCUCCGCUGCCUCCCAUGCGUGGAUCCAACCUGGAGCCGCCACACUUCCAGCCACGGCGAUCGCCCUCUCCUCAGAGGAUCCUACCGCAGCCUCAGGGAGUCCCCAUCCCCAACACCAUCGCCAAGGCCAUGGCCAGAGAAGCUGCCCAGAGAGUGUUUGCAGAGGGCAACCGGGUUGAGAAAAGGAAUAUAUUUAGCGAGCGAGGUAACGUCUUGCAUCCACUCAACUCUGACGAGGAGGAGGAUGGCUAUGACUCUCCUCAUGCGAGGAGGAGAGGAGCCUCGGUGGACGAAUUCCUCAGAGGCUCAGAGUUGGGCAGACAGCACCAUCAUCACCCCUACAGCCACAGUGAGGAGUACCACACAGAGAGUAGCCGGGGUUCUGACCUGUCCGACAUAAUGGAGGAGGACGAGGAAGAUCUUUACUCAGAGAUGCAGCUAGAGGAGGGCCGCAGGCGCAGUAUCAAUUCUCACAACAGUCUUAAGGCGUAUUAUAAGCGUCAGGACUUAGCGGAGGAAAGAGACUGCUGGGACCUCCAGAGGGAGGUGGUGAAGCAGAAGUCGCUCCGUAGCAAGCGUCUCCACAGCAUCCCCGAGGUGGCUGAGGAAGAGUUGGAAAGCGUGGACGGCAUGGGCCAGCGCCUGUGCUUUGAAGACGGCGGGCGGCCGGGAACGCCACACACUCAGCGCAGGACGUACCCCCAGGACCCCCACACGCACAAACAUCUCACCCCUAGCAAGCACUCCCGCCACCUGCAGCGGCAGCGCUCCUCCCCUCGCUUCACUGACAGCCGCUACUGCUACAACCCAGACGACCGCAGCUUGGGACGACCCAACCGCCAGAGCACAAAGAGUCCUGACAGUGGUUUAGACUGUGGCAGUGAGGAAGAAGGCUCUCUAGGCCGGGGUCAUCGAGGGUACUAUGCUCAUGGGAGCCCCAUGCGGGGAUCUGUGCAAAUCAUCCACUGUGAAGGCCCGGUAGAAAGGCGGGCGCUGGCUAUGGGCCGUAAAAGAACUCUGACCCGUCAGUGCAGCGUGGAGGAGGAGUUCUCUGACAGUCUCCCAGUGACCGCAGCCAAGUCGGUACACAGGGGUGACUUUAGGAACAGGGAGCACUUUGGGCCUGGUCGGGAGUCUGGGCAGCGAAACUACUCCAGGGAAGGUGCCCUGAGCGAGGGCAGGCUGAACGAGCUGGACAGUGUCUAUUACAGCCCCCACAGGGAGGCUAGGGCCCAGUCUUUGUCCAGGCUCAACCGGGACCAGCCGCUGAUCAUUGGGAACUCAUCAUCACAUGGAGGCGCUGAUCGCAUGGAUCACUCAGGGAGGAGGCUGGUUCACAUCGGCACCCCCCCUCAGCAACGGCCCAUCCCAUCCAUUGAGAUCACCAUGGACAGUAACAGUGAGGGGAGUGAGGGGAACCUCUCACCCGUCAAGGAGGAUGUUUACUAUGGCAGUGUAGCUCGGCGCAGGAUAUGGCGAUCUAUGUCCUCAGAGGAUCAAUCUGACGACUAUGGCGGGCGCAGGCACGGGCGGGGACGGCGCUCCCCAGAUUACUAUGAGGAAUCGGAGCCGGAGGAGAUGACCCGUGUGUUUGUCGCUCUGUUUGACUAUGACCCCAUGUCCAUGUCUCCCAACCCUGACGCUGCUGAUGAGGAGCUGCCAUUCAAGGAAGGCCAGAUUAUCAAGGUGUUCGGGAACAAAGACACGGAUGGCUUCUACAGGGCAGAGGUCCGAGACCGAGUGGGUCUGAUCCCCUGUAACAUGGUCUCUGAGAUCCAAACAGAGGAUGACGAAAUGAUGGACCAGCUCCUCAAACAGGGCUUCCUGCCACUCAACACUCCUGUGGAGAAGUUGGUGAACUGUGACCGUUUCAAAGAUGGCCGCUCAAUAAAUCGCAGGUCCAGAAAGUCCAAGAGAGAGAGGAACAGGCGGAGUGGCCGUCAACAUCCGAUGUCAACACGGAGAAUGGUGGCUCUGUACGACUACGACCCUCGCGAGAGCUCCCCUAACGUUGAUGUAGAGGCUGAAUUGACUUUCUGUGCCGGUGACGUCAUCACAGUUUUCGGUGAAAUAGAUGAAGAUGGCUUUUACUACGGCGAGCUCAAUGGACACAAGGGACUUGUUCCUUCCAACUUUCUAGAAGAAGUGCCUGAUGAUGUAGAGGUUUUUCUCACUGACUCACCAUCUCGAUACCCCCAGGACACUCCAGCACGGAUAAAGACCAAAAGGGUUCCAUUGGAAAAAUCGGGUCCGCCCAGAAGAGCAGCCUCUCCCACAGUGCGUCCACACAUCCCUGGCUCUGGCCCUGCCACCGUGGGGCCCGGGAGUCCCAUCAGGGUCCCACUGGACAUGUACUCCUCCAAAAAGAAAAAGGGACUGCUCUCCAAAGGGAAGAAACUAUUGCAAAGACUUGGCACUGUAAAAUAAUUUGACAUACUUGGAGAGUCAUCUACUUCUGUCAUGUAAAAAAACAAAAUACAACAGCAGACAGGUGGCAUUUGUGAGCUUAGCAAAUGCUUUAUUCUUGUACAUCUGUUGUAUACUAGAAUAUUUGUAUUUUGUUAACAGUAUGAACUUCUUUUAUUCAAUAACACAUUUCAUAUUAUGGUCCCGAGACCUAAUGGUGUCGGCCAACGUAGUAUUGAGUAUCUUACCUCCAAGAGGGCCCAGGGCAUUCUCCAUUUUGCACUUGAUCAAGUCUGAUGGCACUUAAUACACCACAUUGAGUCCGACCAGUGUACAAAAAACUGAAUGUCAUUCAAACGCCGAGGGCUCAGUUAGACCAUUUUGAGUCCGAAGAAAAAGAUGGACUGGAGGGCCUCGACUUGAGCUUGUUUGAAACAGCCUGUCGCAUAAAUAGUAUGAGAGGUCUGCAUGCUUUACUUCAGCACAUUCCCUCUUGACCCCCUCAAGAGUGCAUGCAUUGUGAUGGGCUCAGUAUGGAACCUAGAGCAGUACUUUAACACAGCGUGGCUGACUUGCUGUGCAGUAUUACUGUGACAAAUCAGCAGAAUUAACUCCUACUCUUCUACCCUAUCUCAACACCUGAUAGAGGCAAGAGCCCCCCCCCCCCAUCACCACAACAAACAUUUCACACUUACUAUACUAAAUAAGCACAUACUGUACCUGCAACAGGGUCUCUGCAGUAAAAUCAGCCUGAAUGGAAAUGCCUAGUAGAUCCAACCUCCAUGUAUUUUGCCUUAUAAUCGCACAAUGGUAAAUACUAUGUCCAGUAGAGCAUGCAGUUCCAUGCCUACUAUUCAUUUAUGUUGUUACUUCAUAAAACAAGAAAUGUUUGCAGUUGUUAAUCCUGACUUGUGAUGUGCAGGGUAUUGUAUGACUGUCGUGAUUUCCGUAAGACCAGAGCUUACAAACAUCUGUCCAAGACUCCUGUGUUGACAAAAUCAUGCAUAUUCAUGUCCCCAAAAUAUUUUUAUUUUAGAAGUAUAUCUUGGAAAAUAGAUGACUAGGACAAAAAUUCUCCCUGUACUGUUUGGGGCUACGGAGUAAAAUAAAGGGAUUUUAUUUUUUACUUGAGUUCACUGUUUUUGAUGCCACACAGAUGCACAUCUGAUUUAAAACAAUGAAUAUUCUACAAAGAAAAAUAUUACAUGAACAGAUUAAAGAACAAAUAGAAGUAGUUACUGUGUGAUAUCAGCAAAUUAAGCCCUAUUAUUGUUCAACAUCUGAACACUUUUGGGCUUCACUAGUUUGACGUUUUCACAGUAGUAAACAGUGAGACACAAGGCUACCUCUACCCUUCUAACCCAAAAUCUUAGAUCUGAAAUGUUUAUUCAAGCCAAUCUGUCAUCAAUGCCUGUUUAGUGUGUCCCAAGUUAUGUUGGUGCAGGAUACAAGUACUGUAUAUCUGUGUGCGUGUGUGUAUCUAUAUAUCUACACCUUAAUGUAGAGUAGUGAAUGUAUGAUGAAUUGAAAGCCAAUGUAUCUUCAAAGCUGCCCAAAAGGAUUGUGCAGAUGUCCGUCUUUGUGCGUGAAAUGAGACAGUCCACCUUUUAUUUCCUCACACCAUUCUGUUUUCCAUUUCAUCCUCAUGUAUCUUGAGAUCUAGCCUAUUUUUUCUAUACACACACACACAAGAGUUGAACUGAAACUGCCAAAAAAGAAUGUAUGCAAAACAUUCUGUAAUACUUUCUGUACAAUUCUCGGCCGAACAGCCAUGUUAACCUAUGGUUAACUGUAAACUGUACAUCUUUUCCUAUUUCUGGACCAUGUCUUCAGACAUUGCUUCUAUUCAUUUCGAGUGACUGUUGCUCUUUUUGUACUUUGUCCAUUUGUAAAAUUGUUUUUAAAUGUUUAUACUUGAUUUUCAAACUGCCUUUUUUGUACAUUAACUUUAUAAUCAAACAGUGCAAGCUUUCCCCAUGGUGUCUUGGAAGACCAUAUUGUUUAAAAGUCUGCAAUUGUGUGCUAGCUUUAUGAUAAGAAUUAUCAGCCUAUAUUGAUGGUUACAAAUUAUUGUGUGGGUGUGCA